CACGUACCGUUCACGGCAAUUAUUCCUUCGCGGAUGCGUUGUGUUGAGUUGGUUCUGUUUUCAGCCAAGUUUGUAGAUGGAAAUGGUAAAGUAAGAGUUCAUUUGCGAGGAAAAAAAAAGUAGAUAAAUGUUUGCAUUAGCGUUAGGUUUUGUGAUAUUUGCAUCCGACUGUGAAUUGACAGGGUUUCAGUUCAGUCCUGAGAUGAAGAAUAAGGGCUGGUGUUUGUGUGCCAUCAAGCUGCAUUGUGAAGCAGAGUGACGGAUCUGUCUGGAUCUCUUUCCAAAUCUCUCCGGAUUUCUGCUUUAAUACAGUUCAGCUGAGCAUGUGUAACCUCUGAGCAUGGAGAUGGAGCUUGUAAGCAAUGGUUACUUCAGAAAGAAAAAACCCAAAGCGUCGAUGGAGAAGGCAAUGAGCCGGUAAUGGAUAUGGGCAGACUGGAAUCACUGUUAAUAUUAGAAGAUGGCAAGGACUGAUAUGAGGAGGAAUUAUUUACUGACACUCUGACGGACAGCCUCUAGUGAAUAAACAAAUAGCAGGAACCCAAACCGCACUGUGCCAGUGAGCGAUGGUGUUCCUAGACGAGUUGACAUUCCCCUGUGCUCCAGGACAAACGGGUGGAGCUGGCCUCCUCACCCCUUCCAGCUGUUGGCUUGGCUUCUCUACCUUUACUUUGCAGUUACAGGUUUUGGAAUUUUCAUCCCUCUGCUGCCGUCACACUGGAUCCCGGCAGGCUAUAUUUGUACAGGGAUUAUGUUUGUUUGCCACCUGCUUGUGCACCUGACCGCUGUCUCCAUCGACCCUGCUGAUUACAAUGUCAGAGCAAAGAGCUACAAAGGACCACUGCCUGUGUUCGACCGCACAAAGCACGCACACGUCAUCGAGAACUGCCACUGUUACCUCUGUGAGGUGGAUGUAGGGCCGAAAUCCAAACACUGCAGUGCCUGUAAUAAGUGUGUGGCCAGUUUUGAUCACCACUGCAGAUGGCUAAACAACUGUGUGGGCAGCAGAAACUAUUGGGUUUUCUUGAACAGUGUAAUUUCUGCUCUGGCUGGCAUAUUUUUAGUUGUGAUUAUCGCCACUUAUGUUUUUAUUGAGUACUUUUUGGAUCCAUCGAAGCUUCGAUCCGAUAAACACUUCCAGCAAGUGAAGAAUGAAUCUGUGGUGUGGUUUGUGUUCUUGCCGGUGGCGCCAGUAUCUACAGCAGGUCCAGCCAUCCCUGCAUUGGCAGGAGUAACCAUCACGAUGGGACUACUGUCCUCGUUACUGCUCGGCCAUUUAUUGUGUUUCCACAUCUACCUCAUGUGGAACAGGUUGAGUACUUAUGAGUACAUCGUUCGCCAGAGACACCGACAGGAGGCAAGAGACACUAACAAAGAGCUUUCAGGGAAUGAGCCUGGAGUUCCCAAGAUUAACCUUAUCAAGGAUGCGGGCUACUCGGGUACGCUAGGCUUCACCAAUCCUGAGAUGGAGGUGGAGGAUCCUGCUAUCAGGAGCUCUCAUGGAAAUCAUCAGUUGUAUGGCAAUGGCAGGAUCAGAAGCUCCAUAGAGAGAAUGGUUGAUGAGGAGCUAAUCCCCACUGUGUCCACAGAGCAAAAACCAGCACCUGGUCCUUCCAAAAACACACAGAAAAAAAAGAAGAAAGUGCAUAAAAUACCAGCCGAGGUGAUCAAUGACCAAGCCACAGAGAUGAGCACAAGCAGAGGCAUAGCUCUUCGUUCAGCUGAGCAAGAGUCCACUGUAGCCGCUGCCACUCUGUCCUCAUCCCUAAGCCAGCGCCUUCCUUUCCCAGCAUUCCCUGUGCGGGUGACCCUCCCCCCUCUGGCCCCUGUGCAGGCUGCCGGCCCCCCAGCUGAGUACCACUCUGAUUCCGCAGAGUCCCUGGAGGAGAUCCCUGUAGCUCUGGCACGCCUGGGCACUGCCACACCGGCACGGGUGCCCAUCACUACAGUCAGCCAUUCCUCUUCCACGCAGCGUGUUUUGCUUCAGCCAUUACCCUCUCCACAGCCCAGGACCAAAAAGAAGACUGUGGCUCGCAAGGCUGCGGAAGAGCGAUUCGAGAUGGCAUCCCAUAAUCCUUUCGUGUUUGUCAGGAGAGAAAGUGGAGAAACUCUAGACAGCACCAGAGCAGAGAAUGGACUUGUGGGUUACGUGGGAAAACGCAAGCACACAAGCAAGAAAAGAGGCACAGAGGAGGCAAGACUCAGCUCCAGGUCAAACACACCGUUAGCAUAAAAUACAAGUAAAGCGACAUACAAGGCUUAACAAAAUGCUAGCAAAACUUCCACAGAUAAGCUGCAUCAUAAAAAUACAAAUCAACUGGCACUACAAUCUGAGAUGUAGCAACAAGCGCCUCAGUUCACCUAUGCAACCACCACUGAGUGCAGGCUUUUUUUCGAACUGGAGUCCGAUGGAUCUCUUGAGAAAUGUGCAGUUUCAUUCAACAUUUCAUUUCUUUCAGUAAAUUGCUAAUCACUUCUCUAAUAGCGUUGCACAAUUGUAUUUGUACUUUUAUUUAUCAUUACACAGUUUUAUCAGCGAUUAAUUCAUAUUGAAUGCCAAAGCUCAUGUUUUGUGUACAAUCUAUAGCAGAUUGAAAUAUCUGUUGACUGCCGCUUUAAACAUAAAAUCAGUGUUUUUGUUUCUCUUCUGUACUAAUUUCUAUAUCUUUAUUUGUAAUGUUCUCUGAUGUUACUUGCAUUUUCAAUCGCAAAUUUGUCUCCUAUUAUGACCUAAAUACUAUAUUGUUUACUUUAUUUCUUCUCACACUUGCAGAAAUGACACUCAUUGAGCAUGAGCCAAGUCCUACAUGUCCCAAAUGGAUCCCUAAGCCCUACGGUCCUUUUCCCUUUCCAUGGUUUGGUGUUGUUGAGAUAUUAGCCUUUGUUGAGUGAGUAAUUAAGGCACAAACAUGUAAAAGCAAGCAUUUGUGGGACAUCCUUAAAACUACAUUUACAUUCCAGUUGGGUUCAGUGUGACUGGUUAAUGUUAUUACUCACACAAACACUGGUGCUGAAGAUAGUCUGACAUUAAGUCAGUUAAUGACAUUAGUCAUGAAACCUCUGCGACACUGAAUAGAAUUUUUACUGACAAUAAAUAAAUAAAUGAACACAGUAAACACA